GUGGCGCCGUGAUUGGCCCGCCGCGCUGUCAGUAGGCCGUCGAGAAGCGCGAGGUGGAAUUUCCCAGGUUACACAGCAGAGACUCGGCAGACCACUUCCGCAAUAGAUGUCUGGGCAGAGAGAGACGAGAGGCCACUGCGAACAGAAAGUUUGGGGGACCAUGUAUAGGAAGUGAGCCACGGCAAUGGAAGGGAAGGGUCCAUACCGCAUCUAUGAUCCAGGUGGGAGUGAGGUGAAGGCCAGGGAGGAGGCCAUGGGGGGAAGCAGCUACCGACAACUCAUGGAGGAGAACAGCAUGCUGAGAGAGCGAAUGAAGGGACUUAAGAGCCUAGGUGACUUGCUGGAGGAGUCUCAGUCAGAGGCGUCCAGACUUCGGCAGAGAGUGGAAGAACUCGUCAGGGACAACGAAGCCCUCAAGUCCUCCAGCUUUGCCGCCAGUCUGUGUACGGGAGGACACAAUCACGCCGACACGCAAAGUAAACCUUGUUUACACCCUCCUGCGGAGCAGAAGGAGGAGCAAACAAGCUGUUUAGGGAAAACCCUUCAGCCCGAGAAGCCCAAUGAGGCCUUAACAGAGUUCGAGGUGGUGAAUAUGGAGGGAAAGACUCCAGAUGCAUUGACUGCCGGAUCGGUGGCAGGAGUGAUUCCCCUCCUUCCUCAGGAGAACAUCGAGCUGGCGAGCCAGCUGAAGAGACUCGAGAGCUCGUUCAGCAUAUUCGCUGAGGAGUCCAACCCGAACCAGCUGCUCGCCCACCUCGGUCGCAUGGCUGUGGAGUUCCACCAUCUUUCCUCAAAGGUCCAGAAGAAUGAACAGCGGACCUCCCUCCUACAGACUCUCUGUGAGCAGCUCAGGCAGGAGAACAAUGAGCUUCGAAAGAAAAUGGAAGAGGAUCAUCAUAUCAGGAAUCGAGACUUGGAACAGCUCAGACAGGAGAAUCAGAAACUCAAAGAGCUUGUGACGGGAGGAGCGGCAGCAGCAGCAGCGUCCACGUCCACCGCGUCGCCGUCCGAGGGCGAGACGCCCGCCGUCAAGGAGGAGCCGGUUAAAGAGGAAUCUGCUGCUGUGCGACCAAAAAUGGAGGCCACCACACCCCAGAAGAGUGGAAAAGCUGCAGAGAAAACCCCAACCAAACCAUGUGACGUUGAGGUGUAUGAAAAAAAGAUCAAGCUUUUAGAGAAGCAGAGAAAGGAUGUGCUGGAGGUGAACAAGCAGUGGGACAUUCAGUGGAACUCCAUGAAGUCACAGUUCGAGCAGAAGAUCACAGACCUCAGACAGCGGCUGGCCGAGUCCCAGAAAACCGUGCUGGAGCUGGAGGCCGAGCGGGAGCAGAGGCAGCGUGACUACGACAAGAAGCUGCUGCUGGCCAAGUCCAAGAUCGAAAAUGUACAGGGAGAGAAGGAGUGUUUAAACUCUGAAACCACAGAGCUGAAGCAGAAGAUUCGCUACCUGCAGGAUCAGCUUCUGCCCCUCAGCAAACAGAGAGAGUACCAGGAGAAAGAGAUCCAACGCCUCAACCGGGCUUUAGAGGAAGCCUUAAACCUGCACACCCCCUCAUCCUCGCAACAACCUCCUGGUCAGGGCAACUUUGCAGAUGCAGCCAAUAACCUGAAGAAACAGGAGCUUCUCACUCAAAUCGCUGUCCUAAAGGAGCAGGUAAAAAUCUUCGAGGAAGACUUCAGGAAAGAAAGAAGUGACCGGGAGCGAAUGAACGAGGAAAAAGAAGACCUGAGACGACAAGUUGAGAGACUCCAGGGUCAGAUUACUAAUCUGACCAAUCAGCUCCAUCAGGCGCAGAACGAGUGUCAGCGGGAACGCACGGAGCGCUGUAAGCUGGAGCGCCUGCAGAUGCAGCAUCACAAACAGGGGCAGCAGCAGGACAGACGAACCUCAGACCCCUGGUCGGGCUCGGUGCUGAGCCCUCCCUACUGUGGUCCCUUUGUGCAGGUGGGAACGCAGGGCCUGGAGGGUUGGCCCGUACACUUCCCUCCCCGGAUGCCCAAUGCAGCAGGCGCCGCAGCCGCAGCCGCCGCAGCACCGCCCCCUGUACGAGACUUCCAGCCUGUUACCCCGGGUUUUCCUUGGCAGAUGUCAUUCCCUCAGCCGAGAGGGACCAGAGCGGCAGUAGGAGAGAGUUCAAGACCACCGCCAGAGAACGCAGACCAGUCGGCGGCGGCGGCGGCGGCAGCAGCAGCAGCAGCUGCAGCGGCGGCGGCGGCGGCGGCGGGGGGAUUCGGUAAAAGGGAGCGACAGAACAUUGACCCUGGAAAGCACUAAAGCAUCACCGUACCCACCUACUGGAGUCUGGGUAGUAGCAUGAAAUCAGUUUGUGUUUGAGUUGACAAGGUGUGAUUUGAUCUAUAAUUUUCCUACUGAACUGUAGAUAUUCUAUUGUACUGUUGUUUAUACUUGCGUUUUAUAAGGCUAUUUGUGAAACACUUCGCUAUUCUGAAUAUAUACAUGAACUAUUAUUUAGAUUUUUUUAUCGGGAAACUUAAGUCAUUUGUUAAAUAGGUUGGAAGAAUUGACAUUGUUUUUAUUUCCAGAGAAUAUACCUAUGUGAUUGUCUCUCUGCAAGUAUGUGACAACCUGACAUGUAGUUUGUUACUUGUAGGGUUACAGGAAGCCAUUCCCCAAUAUGACUAAGACUACAUAUACUCAUUCCAACAAUGAAUGAUGAUAUAGGUACACUGAAUCAUAGAAUUUACAAUGUGAAUGUUAAUUGAUUUAUGAGGGUUUCUUCAGUACCAUCGAUGUUAUAGAACUGUCCCAUAUGUGUAACUGUUCAAAAAGUGGUUGUUGACAUACAAAAAUUUUUGGGAAAUGAAUUUUGAUGGUAUCAUACCAAAAAAACAUGAUUGUGAUUCUUGAUAAUUUAUUUAUAACCUGCUGUUUUGAUAGUUGCAUUGACUAAGUGUAAAUCAUUGUCUUUAGUAAUGCUGUUCUUUCUAUGUUGUUAGUGUAAUCCAAAUAUAUUGUAGCUAUUGACAUUGUAUGUUUGUAUCAGACACGAGACACAACGCACAGAACAUACACAACCUUUUUUUUUUCUUCUUUCUUUCCUCCUCCUCCUCCUCCAUGAUGAUGGACCUAAUCUCAUUAAACGACACUUCUACUUGAUUUGAUCACUCAUUUCGGUAUUUUUACAGCAUCUUGUACUGUUGCCCACAGUUCAGCCCCGACACGCAGUAACGUAGAAGGCGGCUCACGCAGUCAGAACUGCCUCCUCAUCCUCCAACACCUGUUAAAACAUCACAUGAAUUAGUGUUUGCCACACACACACACACACAAAAAAAAAAAAAUCUGCCCAGGACGCGGCGCCGAGGAGAUUUUUUUUUUUUUUUUUCCCAUCGAUAUCUGCAGGCCCUCGACCCCGACUUACAGCAGUGCGGCCGCUCCUCGGAGGUAGAAACCUCUCCGUCCACUUCAACAACCAGCAACCCAUGCCAUGCCGACUGACCUGUGAACUGCUGUGACGGCCAGUCGAGAGCCCGGCGGCAGAGGCAGGAGCCACACCUCAACGCCAUACUCUCACUGUUUCAAAAAGGAGGGUCAACUCCUCCCGAAAAGCAAAGCCUUGCCUGUUUUAAAACUGAAUACCAAUUACAAUUUUCUUAGUAUAGCGUAUUUCAAAUAGUCAGAUGAAGGGCUUCAAAAUGUGUGGAGAGACUUUGGGGAAACGCUCAGUUUUAUAAGUGACGGGGAAGGAAACGGUGAUGGAUGAGAGCGGAAACGAGACAUGAACAGAAUUGCACUUUGAAUGGUACGCUGUAAUUACUGGCAGUUGUAUUUUCCUGGUUUGUAGCCUUUUUUUUUUCUUUUUUGCUGUAGGCAAAAGCACAUGUGAGACUUUUUGUAUUUGACUGGCUUAAUAAAUCUAUUCUAAAUGUC